AUGGGAGAAGACGACAAAUUUGCGGUUCCAGCUCCCCCGAAACAGUUCGGAUCGUUGGCAAAUGCAGAAAGCGUCAAUGCUAUCUUGAACGCAGCUCAAAAAAGUCAAGGACCAACAGUGUCUCUGGAAAGAAUGGAAGUCUCAAAUCAAGCAGAUUCCCGUCAUGAUGCUGAGAUGCUCGCCGAGUUUGACAGAAGAAGAAGGGCAAGGACACUAACUCUACCCACAGAUGAUGUUCAGGUGAAGCUAAAACUUCGUGCAUUAAACCAGCCGAUUUGCUUGUUCGGAGAAGAUGCAUUGGAUAGACGAGAACGUCUCCGAGCUCUACUUUCAACAAUGUCGGAAGAUGAAAUUGCUGCAGUUUUACAUACUGAUGAGCAUAACGCAGACAAAAACGAUGAAGAAACAGUCACAUGGUACCAUCGUGGACCAGUUGAGCUUCGCAAGGCUCGUGUCGCUAUUGCAGAUUUUUCGCUGAGAAAAGCUAAAUUAAGAUUGGAAAAGGCCCGUGAAGAUGCUGCUCAGCCGUCUCACGAGAAAGCGUUAGCUCGACAAGAAGCUCACAAAUGGGUUCAACAAAUUAAUUUGCACGCCUCACAAGUCGCUGAUACACGCCCUGUUGCCUAUUGCGAGUUUUCCGCAGAUUCUAAACAUAUUGUCACCGCUGGCUGGUCUGGAUCAGUGGCUGUCUGGAAACGAGAUCAAUGCGAAAAAGAAAUCAAGUUCACUGGUCAUUCAGCACAAGCUGGAUGUGCUCGUUUCCAUCCAGGAGCUUUUGUUCAGAACGACAAUGCUUCUUUGAAUGUGGUAUCUUGUUCUUACGAUGGAACUGUUCUUCUGUGGUCAUUGGCACAAGAAACUCCGAUCGGUGAGCUAGAAAAACAUCCACAAAGAGUUUCGAAGGUAGCAUUCCAUCCAAAUGGACUACAUCUAGCAACAGCUUGUUUCGAUUCAACUUGGCGUAUGUAUGAUUUAACAACGAGGAAGGAGUUGUUAUUCCAAGAGGGUCAUUCGAAAUCAGUAGCUGACGUGGCAUUUCAUCCAGAUGGAUCUGUAGCACUGACCGGCGGUCAUGACUGUUAUGGAAGAGUAUGGGAUAUGCGAACUGGAAGAUGUAUCAUGUUCCUUGAUGGUCACACAAAAGAGAUUCACUCUGUUGAGUGGAUGCCGAAUGGCUACGAAAUGAUAACCGGAAGCUCGGAUAACUCUAUGAAAGUCUGGGAUCUCCGAAUGCGUCGUAACACUUACACAAUGCCUGCUCACACUUCAGUCGUUACACGUGUUCGCGCAAGUUCAGCAGGACAAUAUCUCGUUUCUGCUAGUUUCGAUUGCACACUAAAAAUGUGGUCGACUACUGGUUGGCAACCCCUCAGACAACUUCAAGGGCACGACACUCGAAUUCUUUGUGUUGAUAUCAGUCCAGAUGGCCAAUGGAUGUGUUCUUCAGCGUUCGAUCGUACAUUCAAGUUGUGGGCUCAAUCUGAUUAUUGA